CCUGCUACAUUCCCUGCACCAGACCUUGACACUACCUGCACAGGCUCUCCUCCUCCCUGAGGCCACCCUACAGUACCUCCUGCUCUACCAUCCACCGCCGGCACUGCACUUCCGCUUGCUCACCACCACCACCACCACCACCACCCCCAGCACCGCUGUUGAGCAUGGCCCGCCGCAGCUCCGCGCGUCUGCGCAACCAGUCGGCCACCACUCCCAAGCGAGUCUCGCUGGCCCACGACGCGCCUCCUCCCACUCGCACCCCGCACACCCUCCCGGCCAAGUCGUCUUUGCUCUCUGCGCUGGAAGAAGGCGACGAGAUGCCUGGCGCGUUCCCCUCCUCUGCCUCCGCCUCCAACUCUCCCUCCGCAGUGACAGCGACGACGACGAGCAUGGCCUACCCGACGCUGCCCACGAACCUUGCGCACCCGGCUGCCCGCCAAACCCCAACCAAGGGCACGCCCAUCAAGCCGACCGAAGCGGAAAUGCACCCUCAAUUGCACCACCACACUACCGCCAAGGCCCGCGACGAGGCUCGGCACCUGGGCUUCUCCAACAUGGCACCGCACACCGAACCUCCCAAGCAGAAGAGCAGGAUAGGCACUCUGCAGGGCACUCCGACCAAGACCCGCAAUCUCGAGAGCGACACCACCUCGCCCUCGUCGUACCACUUCACCUUCCGCCGCGAGACCUCUCUCGGCCUCAGCCCUGAAGCGAAGCAGCUCAUGUUCGAGAAGCGCGAGGAGGCUGCGCGAAUCCGGAAUCAGAUGGUGGCAGAUGGGGAUGUGCCGCAGAGCAUCGAUGAAGUCUUGGCCGCUCGGAAGCUGGCCAAGCCCAAGGGCCGCUUCUCGCAGGCACAUCUGAUGGAAGAACAGAAAAUGGACUCGAUCGCAAAUCAUGCCAGCGCAUGGAGAGCCAAUCCCGAACGCUUCAAGCCCGUCGUGGAGAUGAAGACAGUGGGGCCAAAGUCUCUGAAGCGUAGUCCAUCAAAAGCGAAGCUGGACGAGCCAGAUACAUCGUCGAGGCCCAAUUCCAGUCAAGGACCCAAGUCCGUCACAAACUACGAGGGUAGCGCUCUGCCGCGAUCUACAUCUUUCAAGGAUCUGGCGAACGCUUCUCCUCAGAAACUACCACGAUCGAGAUCAAUCCAAGACCUCACGCAGGCGUCUCCGGCGAAGCGUGCCAAGCGCACCGAGACCGAUGAUGUGUCGGCUGAUCGCCCGCGUUCAAGCGAGAGUGAGAAGACUGUAACCCCAAACAAGCAAUCCAGGAUCGGUACGCUCUCAACACCCACGCAGGCGUCUCUUGCGCGAGCCGCAAGUGUCAAGAGCACCAAGGCAGCCAGCAAGCUCCCCGCACCACAUUUCACACCAGGCAAGAUGCCUCUGAAGUCUGCGCUCAAGAAGCCAGUACACUUGGAGGAGCACACAGAUGCUACACCACUACUCGCUCGCUCGCCCUCAAAGGUGGCCAUGUUUGCUCCGGCAUCUACUGUCACAGCGCCUGUGGAGAAGCCAACAUCCAUGAUGGACUCAUCUCUUGCACGGACUCCAGCAAAGGCAGGCGUAUUGAAGAAGCACGAGGUGAACGAACAGAGCGCUACUGCACCCAAGGAGAAGCAGGUCCCCUUCUUGUCGCGCUCCCCUGUUAAAGCAGUCGUGGUUACAACGAACGAGGCGGAUCCUUUCCAAGCUGACGCCCCCGCGAUGCCAUUCUUGUCCCGCUCGCCCACGAAAUUGCCUCUCGCAGCCAACAGCACUGUGGAUGAGACCCCUGGCAAGAGUGCUACGAACACAUUAACGGGUCGCUUCAACCUUUUGAGACAAUCGCCCAUGAAGUCGAUACUUCGCUCGCCGCAGCGUCUCUACUCAGACGACCCGUCCAAGGUAGCUGCUGGCACACAUCUCGCCACUCCUCCCGACAAGAAGGCAGCAGUGCUCAACAAGGCGCUGCCUGGAGUCCCACCAGCAUCAGCUCAAGCUCGAAAGCACGUCGACUUCUCGUCGUCGACCAAAGCUCGCGACUUGAAAGUCCAGAAUACUGAGACGAGCUCGGAAUCGCAGACCCCAACUCCGUCUCCCACAUCUGAGCAAUAUGUCGAUGUCACAGCAGCGUCAGCUCCAGUGUCCGAGCCCCAUGCACGUUCACAGCAGGAGUCAUCCCACUACCCACAAUUACCACUUGCCGUGCCCACAAACGAGCGCGUGCCAUCGCUCUCUCCUUCGCCUCAAAAACGUCGCCAGACUGCUGGACCGCAGGAUUUCACGUUCCGUGCGGGCGACCACGACAUCGUCUUUGCAUCACCCAACAACCAAAAGAAGCGCAAGUUCGAUUUCGAGAACAGGAAAGUGACUGCAUCGGUGAAUAAGAUUGUCUCUCCUCCGAUUGGUACCAAGAAGCGAAAAUUCGAAUUCGAGAACAAUCUUGCCCGGGUGCAUUCCGAAGAUGUCGACAUAACAUCCGACAAAGAGAACACGCCCGUGGCCGAGGACGAUGAUGCUCAACGUCCUACCAAGCGCUCCAAGCCUAGCGCCCCUUCACCAAAAUCGAAGGUCUCAUCUGGUCCUAUGGCCAUGACUGCUGCUGCAACGGCUCGACGUACCACGCUUGGCGUGAAGCCCAAGGGCGCGAAGAGUGUUAGUCCCGUGAAGAAGACAGCGGGACGUCCGAGCUCGACAACUAUCAGCCAGGCUCGACUUGCUGCUCUUUCUCAGCCGAAGAAGCGUAACUAGAAGUAUGGCGGCACCGGCGAUCGGAAGAGGAGAAAAUUUGGUAUUGCCCAAGAGGACGAGAUGGAUACCACAACAGAUUGAACAAAAGACAUAAUACAAUUAAUGCACAAUGCUGCUCUGGAUUGAGCAAGGAACAUACGGUCGGUGUUGAGAGAUGAAAAAGUUGCUGUAGCAAGGUUUCAGAUUGCUUUUUUCUCGUAUGGCUUUCCACACAACAGAAUCGGAACAUUAGCGCGGCGCCUGGGGGGUGUCAUCACCGAGAAGUAAGCAGUAUGGAUGCUGCAUGGAUGGGACGGUGAGCUUUACAACUUGUAACAUACGAUUAUCCAAAAGAAGACAUAUUAU